UCAGCAGCCUCUCAGAGUCAUGCAUUGGUCUGCACUGUACGUCUUUCUCCUGCUGGGAUUGCUGCCUUGCUAUGAUGCUCAAACAGGACCAACAGGCUGCGCAGGUCCACCCGUGCUGUGUUGCUCCGGUCAAAACUCCAACUGUUUCAGAGGGUGUUAUUGUGAUGAGGCCUGCGUGGUUUUCAAUGACUGCUGUCCUGACUACAGGUCAACCUGCACGCAACUUUUGACCACUGGGCAGCCAAGCACACCAAGCACAACAAGCAGCAGUGCUACACCUACACCUGCAAAUGACAUCGCAACUACAUCAUCCACAGCCUUUUCUGCAACAUCUGCACUAUUGAAUGUGAGCACAACUUCGGCCUUCCUUGUGUCUGCUAUGACAGCAACCAGCCAAACGAGCAGCAGUGCAUCUACACCGGCAGAUAUCAACACAACUUUAUCAGUUUUUGUGACGACAGCACCCAGCACAGCAAACAAUACCACCACUACGCCAGCAAAUAUUACAACCUCAGCAUCCACUGUCUCUGGCACUACAGCACCCAGCACAACAAACAAUACCACCACUACACUAGAAAAUAUUACAACCUUAGCAUCCACUGUCUCUGGCACUACAGCACCCAGCACAACAGGCAGCACUGCAGCAUCUGCACCUGCAGAAUUGAGUACAACUUCAGCAUCUACAGCCUCUGACACAACAACCAGUAGCAUUUCUACACCAGCAGAUGUCAGCACAACAUCAUCUACAGAAUCUACCUCUCCAGGACCCAGCACACCAAACAGCAGCACUACCAGCACAACUUUAGCACCCACAGCAUCUGCCACAACACCACUAAGCACCAGCCUGAGCAGUAUAUCUGCAGCGACAGAUGUGCCUCCAUCUUCGUCAUUCGCAGUCUCUUCGACAACAGCACCCAGUACAGCAAGCAGCACCACUGCAUCAUCAGCUGUGAGCACAAACUCAGUGUCCACAGUGUUUGCUACGACAGCAACCAGCCAAAGAAGCAGCAGCACUACAUCUACACCACUAGAUGGCGUCACAACUUCAGCAUCCCCAGGCUCCACAGUGACAGCAGGUACAACACUGACAGAAACCAGUACAACUCUGCAUACCAGUAGUGUCACAUCUUCACCAGCAGGUGGCAGCACAUCUGGAGUCUCCACCAAAAACACUGAUUCCUCCACCAGCUCAGCUUCAGAUGCCCAAACAGUGACAGUUCGCCUAAAAUUUGUUGUUUUAUCCCAUCAUGAGGAAAAAGAUGUCAUUUUUUAAAGGCUGUAUCUAAUUUUAUAUCCCAGACCCUUCUCCAUCAGAGCUGUGAGGGCUGCACUAUCACACACAUCAAACCCACCUGAGAAAUGAGCCAUGAUUCAGCCAAUGGAGGCAACAGUGUGGCUGCAGCUGUACUCCAACAACAGGCUUCACAACUCUCAGAAACAACACAAUCGUCUCUUAAAACCGAAUAAGCUAUUAAAGAUGUAAUGCAAUGAUCAGUAAAGCCUUAGGUAAUAAACUGAUAUGACUCCACAUAAUUAUUCAGCACUAUCUGUUAAGAGCUGACUAUUAGAGCAGGCCGAGCAGCCAGAAACAGGUCGGGGCAGUGCUAUUUGGCUAGAUGGGGUCUGUAAGUGGUAUUCCCUCACUUCAAAGGAGGAGGAUGAGCCAAAAGUUUAAUUAUGCUGGCAGUGGCGGUUCUGGCCCAUUUACACCACAUGAGCCAGUUAAAUUAACUCUGAAGCUAACAAUCAUUUAAGCAGCGGGAUGGUUCAGACGCCGAGUCAGCAGGUCAUCCUAAUAAAGUGGAAGGUAACACGAUGUGUUAACACAAAAGUUAACAAAUUCAGAUUUGUAGUACCUCUCCAGUGUGGUGCAAUACAAUAAAAAGGGCUGCAGCCCAGGAUUAUUUUCAUUAUUGGUUAAUCUGUAGAUUAUUUUCUCGUUUAGUUGAUUGGUAAUUUGGUCCAAAAAGCCAAAGGUGACAUUCAAUACCCAAAUAUUCUGUUUAUUUUCAUACAAGACUCUGGAAAUAUUUAGAUUAGAGAAGCUGGAACCACAGAUUUUUGGCAUUUUGUCCUUUAAAAUAAUAUUCAAAACAUUUAAUUAUCAAAAUUGUUGCCAAUUAAUUCUCUGCCGAUCAACUAAUCACUUGCAGCUUUAGGACAAAUCACAAAUAUUUAGGAUGAUAUUUAACGUUAGACAGCAGAUUUAAAAUAAUACUAAUAUCAGAUAUAUAUGAUUUACACGUUUUACUUUUUAGCAUACAAAAUUAUACUAUAAACCUUAUACUCUGACAAAGGUUCGUAUCACAACUGAUUAUUAAAAACACUGACUACUUAAAAAGCUUAUGUUCACAUUAAAGGUCCAGUGUGUAGGAUUUAGAGCGAUAUAUGAAAUGGAAUAUAAUAUUCAUAACUAUGUUUUCUUUAGUGUGUAAUCACCUGAAAGUAAAAAGCAUUGUGUUUUCUUUUAAGGUUGUGCAGUUAAUCAUCUGGUGAUCGUGUUUACGAUUUUUCAAACGAUUUCAAAAUUAAUGAAAUCUAGUUUAAUUUUCCAUCACAAAUGCCUGGCAAUUUUAUUUUGUCAUCAACAAAAUAUCAAAAUAUCAACAACCACUGCCAGUUACAACUCCCACACUUCGAUGGUCGACUGUGACAGGCCCUAACAUCACACUAAAAGUGCUGAGAACUUCUUAGAUUAUCAGAGAGUUUAUUUAAAAAGAUUGUUUACAACUGUAUUACCGACCUAGACCGAACUGCCUGCCGCUGCCAUCUUGGAAAGUCAAUACAAGUCAAUUGACAAGCGUGAUGUCACGUGAUCUGAAUCUGUGGAAGGUCUCCAGGUUGUCCUUUUUCAUGUUCUUCCCACCAGGAUAAGCACACUCAUUAACCAUUUUGUCUGUCUGUGAUGAUCCGUCCACUCGUCGCUCACCUGUCGCUCGCACAAACUCUCAUCCAAUCUUGUUCGAGUUCGUCGAUCAACUUCCAAGACAGCGGCAAUGGUAUGUUGAAUUUUGGGCAAUAAAUAAUAAAUACAGCAUGUUUUCAAAGUCAAAACAUAAUCGUUUGCAUAAUCGUGAUUUCAAUUUU